UCAUGCAGAGAGCUGGAUCAGGACAGACCUGAGGGGAUUUGAACCAUCUACACUCAAUCCAUGUGUGAACAAUGGAUGAGGCAGAGCUGAAGCCUGAAGACCUUAAAGAACCCACUCACAAAGUCCGUCAGGAGAAGCAGCCAAUCCCUCUAUCCUCAGAAACAAGGAAGGCAAAGUCCCCAAAGAACCAGGAGCUCUCUGAAAAGACCUCCUCAGCUGUAAAGAUCCAAGCCUGGUGGCGCGGCACACUGGUACGUCGGGCGCUGCUGCACGCGGCCCUCAGGGCCUGGGUCAUCCAGUGCUGGUGGCGGCUGAUGCUGCCAAAGAUUAUGGAGAAGAGGCGUCAGUCGAUACUGGAUACCUUCCAGCAGGAGCAGUGGGCCGCGGUCAGGUUGCAGUCCUGGGUCCGCAUGUGGCGUAUCCGAAGCCGUUACCUCCGGGUGCUUAAGGCUGUCCGAAUCAUCCAGGCUCACUGGAGGUGUCAUGCCUGUACUUCACGGGGUCUCAUUAAGGGCCGCUACCGAAUUACGGCCAGCCAGAUGCAUCUUGAGCUGGAGAUCUUUCUGGGCUCAGGGCCUUGUAUCGUGUCCGAGUGUAUUCCCCUCCCAAUAAAGCAGUGAGGCAGUCUUA